UUUCGCGGCUGUAUUAAUAAGGUCUGCCGGUGACGUCGAAGAUAAAGACCCCGCCGCCGUCUCUCGGCUACACGACUUGGCUUCUCCUCGCUUCCCCGCCACACCGUCCCCAGUCGCUCCAGCCCACCGAUGCCGCUGCUGACACACACUCCUCCUCCGGGCGGUGAGCGGGGCUUGAGCACAGGGGCUUGAGUGACACAUGCUGCGGUAGCCCCCCCCCUCCACCCCCCCGCUGUAUGGACGUGGAUUAGCUAUAUGCUAAUAUCGAUAGGAGAGAGGAGCCAGCGGAGGCUUCCCGAGUCCGAACAGGCUCCUUUGCAGCCAUGGCUGAAGGUGGAGAAGGAGAGGAUGAAAUUCAGUUCCUCAGGACUGAUGAUGAAGUGGUGCUUCAGUGCGUGGCCUGCAUCCAGAAGGAGAAUCGCAAGUUCUGCCUGGCUGCUGAGGGGCUGGGCAAUCGGCUGUGUUACCUGGAGCCCACAUCUGAGGCAAAGUAUGUUCCUCCAGACCUGUGCAUCUGCACCUUUGUGCUGGAGCAGUCUCUGUCAGUACGGGCCCUUCAGGAGAUGCUGGCUAAGAGCGGACAGAACAGUGAAGGGGCAGCGCAGAGCGGCGGACACAAGACUCUUCUGUACGGACACGCCAUCCUCCUGCGGCAUUCCUUCAGCUCUAUGUACCUGGCCUGUUUGAAGACAUCAAGGUCACAGACAGAUAAGCUGUCCUUUGAUGUCGGUCUACAGGAGGAUUCAACAGGUGAAGCCUGUUGGUGGACGAUCCACCCUGCCUCCAAACAGAGAUCCGAAGGAGAGAAAGUGCGGAUUGGUGAUGACCUCAUCCUUGUCAGCUUGUCCUCAGAGCGAUACCUUCACUUAUCCAUCUCCAAUGGCAACAUCCAGGUGGAUGCUUCCUUCAUGCAAACCCUGUGGAACGUCCAUCCCAUCUGCUCCGGUAGCAACAUAGAAGAAGGCUACCUGUUGGGUGGUCAUGUGAUGCGGCUGUUCCAUGGACACGACGAGGUGGUGGCCAUCCCAGGAUCAGACCAGAGUGAAGAGCAGCAGAGGAUAGUCAACUAUGAGACGGGUAAAGCCGGCGCCAAGGCCAGGUCCUUGUGGAGGCUGGAGCCACUCCGAAUCAGCUGGAGUGGGAGCCACAUCCGCUGGGGUCAGCCCUUCCGACUGCGACACCUGACCACCGGCCACUACCUGGCCCUGACUGAGGACAGGGGGUUGGUGCUGCAGGACCGAGAGAGGUCCGACACCAUCGCCACCGCCUUCUGCUUCAGAGCCUCCAAGGAGAAGCUGGAGCAGAGCCCCAAGCGGGACAUUGAGGGCAUGGGGGUAGCGGAGAUUAAAUACGGGGACUCACUCUGCUUCAUCAUGCACGUUGCCACGGGACUCUGGCUCUCCUACCAGGCACCUGAUGUCAAAUCUGCCCGUCUGGGUCCCCUCAAGAGACGAGCGUGCCUGCAUUCUGAAGGUCACAUGGAUGACGGGUUGACCCUGCAGCGCUGUCAGCACGAGGAGUCCCGCGCUGCACGAAUCAUCCGCAACACCACAUUGCUCUUUAAGCGAUUCAUCAGAGACCUGGAUUGUCUGGGUGUUAAGAAUAGGGCCCUGGUCUCGCUGCCUGUUGAGGAAGUGCUCCAAACCCUCAAUGACCUCAUCGCCUAUUUCCAGCUCCCUGACGUUGAGCUGGAGCAUGAAGAGAGGCAAAUCAAGCUGCGCUCACUCAAGAACCGGCAGAACCUAUUCAAACAGGAAGGCAUGCUGACUCUGGUGUCCAACUGUAUUGACCGUCUGAACGUCUACAACAGCGCCGCUCACUUCGGGGAGUGUGCCGGGUCAGAGGCUGGCGCGGCCUGGAAAGACAUCCUUAACCUGUUAUACGAGCUGCUUGCGGCGUUAAUAAGAGGGAACAGAAACAACUGCACCCAGUUUUCCAACAACUUGGAUUGGCUGGUUAGCAAGCUGGAGAGACUUGAGUCUUCUUCAGGCAUCCUGGAAGUUCUGCACUGCAUUUUAAUUGAGAGCCCCGAGGCCCUCAACAUCAUCCAGAGAGGACACAUCAAGUCCAUCAUAUCACUGCUUUACAAGCACGGACGCAACCACAAGAUUCUGGAUGUGCUUUGCUCACUGUGUGUGUGCAAUGGCGUAGCUGUGCGAACCAAUCAGAACUUAAUCUGUGAUCACUUGCUGCCCAAGAGAGAUCUGCUGCUGCAAACCCAGCUGGUCAAUGAUGUCCAGAGCAUGAGACCGAACAUCUUCCUGGGGGUGAGCGAGGGCUCAGCUCAGUAUAAGAAGUGGUACUAUGAGCUGAUGAUUGACCAGGUGGACCACUUUGUGACCAGCGAGCCUUCCCACCUGAGGGUGGGCUGGGCCAACACUAAAGGCUACGCUCCUUACCCUGGAGGAGGAGAGGGAUGGGGAGGCAAUGGAGUUGGAGAUGACCUGUACUCAUUUGGUUUUGAUGGACUACACCUCUGGUCAGGUCGUAUCCCUCGGGCGGUCGCGUCCAUGAACCAGCACAUCCUGACCUCAGAGGAUGUGGUGAGCUGUUGUCUGGACCUGGGAGCUCCCAGCAUCUCUUUCAGGAUCAACGGGCAGCCUGUUCAGGGCAUGUUUGAAAAUUUCAACACAGACGGGCUCUUCUUCCCUGUCGUCAGUUUCUCCGCAGGGGUCAAGGUGCGUUUCCUGUUGGGCGGUCGACAUGGCGACUUUAAGUUCCUGCCUCCAUCGAGUUACGCUCCGUGUUAUGAAGCCCUGCUGCCGAAAGAGAAGAUGAAGGUGGAGCCGGUGAAAGAGUACAAGAGGGAUGUGGAUGGAGUCCGAGAUCUGCUGGGCACCCCGCAGUUCUUGUCGCAGGCCUCCUUCAUCCCCACACCUGUUGAAACUAGCCAGAUUGUCAUGCCGCCUCAUUUAGAGAAGGUUCGAGACAAGCUUGCUGAGAACAUCCAUGAACUGUGGGGCAUGAAUAAAAUUGAGCUGGGCUGGUCAUAUGGCAAGAUAAGGGAUGAUAAUAAGCGGCAGCAUCCGUGCCUGGUGGAUUUCUCCAAGCUGCCAGAAACUGAAAAGAACUACAAUCUGCAGAUGUCAACAGAAACUCUGAAGACCCUGCUGGCAUUAGGCUGUCGUGUAGUUCAGGUCAAUCCAACCGCUGAGAGCUCCCUCAAAAAGAUCAAACUCCCUAAGAACUAUAUGAUGUCCAAUGGUUAUAAGCCAUCUCCUCUUGACCUGUCCGACAUCAAACUGACUCCAGGUCAGGAGCUGCUGGUGGACAAACUGGCAGAAAAUGCACACAAUGUGUGGGCCAAGGACCGCAUCAAACAGGGAUGGACCUAUGGGAUUCAGCAGGAUUUGAAGAGUAAGCGUAACCCUCGCCUGGUUCCCUAUGUUCUGCUGGAUGAGCGCACCAAGAAGUCGAACAGGGACAGCCUGCGGGAGGCUAUCCGCACUCUGAUUGGCUACGGAUACAACAUCGAGCCCUCGGACCAGGAAGGCGGACAAAUGGUGGAGCGGAUAAGCAUUGACAAGGUCCGCUUCUUCAGAGUAGAGAGGACGUACGCCGUAAAGACUGGAAAGUGGUACUUUGAAUUUGAAGCUGUGACAGGAGGAGACAUGAGAGUGGGCUGGGCCAGACCGGGAUGCAAGCCAGAUGUGGAGCUUGGCACGGAUGAGUUUGCUUUCGUCUUUGAUGGAUACAGGGGUCAUUGUCUGAACAUGGGCAGCCGUUUGUUCGGGCGGUGCUGGCACUCUGGGGACGUGGUGGGAUGUAUGAUCAACAUGGAGGACAAGUCCAUGAUCUUCACCCUCAAUGGAGAGAUCCUCAUCACCACCAAGGGCUCAGAACUGUGCUUCACUGACUUUGAAACUGAGGAUGGGUUUAUUCCAGUGUGUAGUCUUGGUCUGGCCCAGGUGGGUCGCAUGAAUCUGGGGAAAGACGCUAGCACCUUCAAAUACUACACCAUGUGCGGCCUUCAGGAAGGAUUUGAACCCUAUGCUGUCAACAUGAACCGAGAGGUCACCAUGUGGUUCAGCAAACGUCUGCCUACUUUUGUCAACGUGCCAAAGGACCACAACCACAUCGCAGUAACCAGGAUCGACGGCACCAUCGACAGCCCCCCAUGUCUUAAAGUCACUCACAAGACGUUCGGCACCCAGAACAGUAACGCUGACAUGGUGUUUUGUCGUCUCAGCAUGCCUGUAGAGUUCCACUCCAUCUUCAAAUCCAGUCCUGUGGUAGACAUGAACGGAGUCCACGAGGAAGACACACUUAAAGUCAAACAUAGAUAUCCAUUGAGAUCUGUGAGGCACAGUGAUGAAAGUAGACGAGUGGACUACGGAAGCAUCACUACGUACUACCACUCUGUAAGGGUUUUCUCUGGUCAGGACCCUGCCGGCGCGUGGGUUGGAUGGGUUACUCCCGACUACCAUUACUAUAGCAACAACUUCAACCUCAGUAAAAACCGAACAGUCACCGUAACCCUGGGUGACGAGCGAGGACGAGUUCAUGAGAGUGUGAAAAGGAGUAACUGCUACAUGGUGUGGGGUGGUGAUGUGACCAACGCGGCUCACACCUCGAGUCGCAGCAACGUGGACUUGGAGAUCGGCUGUAUGAUAGACCUGGCCACCGGCCUGGUGACAUUCACCGUCAAUGGCAAGGAGAUAACCACAUCCUACCAGGUAGAACCAAACACCAAGCUUUUCCCUGCCGUGUUUGUGCGACCCACAAGCCCCAACCUCUUCCAGUUCGAACUGACUAAAAUAAAGAAUGCCAUGCCUCUUUCGUCAGCCAUAUUCAAGAGUGAACACAAGAACCCGGUGCCCCAGUGUCCACCCCGUCUAGAUGUCCAAACCAUCAAUGCCGUGCUGUGGAGCCGCAUGCCCAACACCUUCCUCAAGGUGGAAACAGCCAGGGUCAAUGAGAGACACGGCUGGGUGGUCCAGUGUGUGGAGCCCCUGCAGAUGUUGGCUGUGCAUAUACCUGAGGAGAACAGGUGUGUCGACAUCAUGGAGCUGUCUGAGCAGGAGGACAUGAGGAGGUUCCACUACCACACCCUGAAGCUCUACUGUGCCCUCUGUGCUCUGGGCAACACCCGUGUGUCCCAUGCCCUCUGCAGCCACGUGGACCAAUCACAGCUCUUAUACACCAUCGACAAUCAGUACCUGUCAGGCAUGUUACGCGAGGGCUUUUACAACGUCCUGAUAAGCACCCACCUGGAGACAGCGAAAGAGUCGCGACUCAUGAUGAAAGACGAGUUUAUCAUCCCCGUCACGGCCGAGACACGUUCCAUUCGCCUCUUCUCUGACGCUUCCAAAAAGCACCUCCCGCCAGGGGUGGGGCUUAGUACCUCGCUCAAACCCCGCCUGAACUUUGCUCCGCCCUGUUUCAUCAGCACCAAACGAGAGCAACAUCUCUAUAGUCCCCAAAUCCCACUGGAUGUGUUGAAGGAGAAAUCCAUUUCAAUGUUAACAGAGGCCGUUCAGGGCGGCGGGCACCACAUCCGAGAUCCUGUUGGAGGAGGUGUGGAGUACCAGUUUGUGCCAAUCUUGAAACUCAUUAGCACCUUGCUGACUAUGGGCGUGCUGAGUAGCGACAACGUUCAUCAGAUCUUACUGCUCAUCGACCCAAAUGUUUUCAGAGAGACGCGUGAGGAGGGAGUCACAGGGGCCACAGACAAAGAGGGACUUACAGGGACAGAGGAGAAGGCAGUGGAAGCUGGAGAGGAGGAGGCUGCCAAAGAGGCUAAACAGCCGUUGAAAGGACUGCUAGAGAAGAGGCUGCCUGAGCCUGUCAAAUUACAGAUGUGUGAGCUGCUUCACUAUUUCUGCGACUGUGAGCUGAAGCACCGCAUCGAGGCCAUCGUGUCCUUCUCUGACAGCUUCGUCUCCAAGCUGCAGUUCAACCAGAAGUUCCGCUACAAUGAGCUGAUGCUGGCCCUCAACAUGUCUGCCGCCGUCACUGCAAAGAAGACCAAAGAGUUCCGAUCGCCCCCUCAAGAACAGAUCAACAUGCUGCUUACCUUCAGUAUGGGCGAGGACUGUCCGUGUCCAACAGGCAUCCAGGAGGAGCUGUAUGAUUUUCACAACCAGCUGCAGCUGCACUGUGGAAUCCCUAUGGAGGAAGAUGAAGAUGAGCUGGAUACAUCUAUCAAAGGUCGCCUCCUAAUGCUGGUGAACAAGAUCAAAGGCCAGUCUCACAAAGCAGAGGAGCCCACAGAGAAGGAGCAAGCAGCACCAUCCAACCUGAAGGAGCUGAUCUCUCAGACGAUGGUCAGCUGGGCCCAGGAGUGUCACAUCCAGGACCCAGAGCUGGUCCGCAAGAUGUUCAGCCUACUGAGGAGACAGUAUGACAGCAUUGGGGAACUGCUUCGGGCCAUGAGAAAGACGUACACCAUCAGUGCCGCCUCGGUCCAGGACACUAUCAGCCUCCUGGCCUCUCUUGGUCAGAUCAGAUCUCUGCUGUCUGUUCGCAUGGGGAAAGAGGAGGAGAAGCUAAUGAUUGAUGGGCUUGGGGACAUCAUGAACAACAAAGUGUUCUACCAGCAUCCCAACCUAAUGAGAAUACUGGGCAUGCAUGAGACUGUCAUGGAGGUCAUGGUCAAUGUGCUCGGAGGAGACAAGUCCCAGGAAAUUGCCUUUCCCAAGAUGGUGGCCAGCUGCUGUCGCUUCCUGUGCUACUUCUGCCGGAUCAGCCGUCAGAACCAGAAAGCUAUGUUCGACCACCUCAGCUACCUGCUGGAGAAUAGCAGCGUGGGGUUAGCAUCACCAGCUAUGAGGGGCUCCACUCCUCUAGAUGUGGCUGCUUCCUCUGUGAUGGACAACAACAGCCUGGCUCUGGCACUGGAAGAACCUGAUCUGGACAAGGUGGUCACCUACCUAGCAGGCUGUGGUCUCCAGAGUUGUCCAAUGCUCCUGGCUAAAGGUUAUCCAGACAUCGGCUGGAACCCCAUUGAGGGGGAGCGUUACCUUUCCUUCUUGCGGUUUGCUGUCUUUGUCAACGGCGAGAGUGUGGAGGAGAACUCCAGUGUUGUGGUCAAGCUUCUCAUCCGUCGUCCAGAAUGUUUUGGACCUGCUCUGAGGGGAGAGGGAGGGAACGGCCUGUUGGCUGCCAUGAAGGAAGCCAUCAAGAUCUCAGAGACGCCAGCUUUGGACCUGCCAGGCUCUGUGCACGGAUUUAGCUCUGAUGUGUCUGCUGAUGGUGAUGAUGAGGAGGAAGUUGUACACAUGGGCAAUGCCAUCAUGUCCUUCUACUCUGCGCUCAUUGACCUGCUGGGACGUUGUGCCCCAGAGAUGCAUCUCAUCAACAAGGGAAAAGGUGAAGCUCUUCGCAUUCGUGCCAUCCUGCGCUCUCUGGUGCCAACUGAAGACCUUGUGGGAAUUAUCAGCAUACCACUCAAAAUGCCCAUCACCAACAAAGAUGGGUCGGUGACAGAGCCAGACAUGUCAGCCUGUUUCUGUCCAGAUCACAAAGCCCCCAUGGUGCUGUUUUUGGACAGGGUGUAUGGCAUUGAGGACCAGAGCUUUCUGCUCCACCUGCUCGAAGUGGGCUUCCUUCCUGACCUGAGGGCUGCUACCUCUCUGGAUACGGAGGGUCUAUGUACCACAGAGACAGCCCUCGCAAUGAACCGCUACAUCGGCUCAGCCUUGCUACCCCUCCUCACCCGCUGUGCCCCUCUCUUUGCCGGCACCGAGCACUACGCCACCCUCAUCGACUCCACUCUGCACACCAUCUACCGCCUCUCCAAGGGCCGUUCGCUCACCAAGGCCCAGAGAGAUGCCAUAGAGGAGUGCCUGCUGGCUGUCUGCAAGCACCUUCGUCCCUCCAUGCUGCAGCAGCUCCUGCGCCGUCUUGUCUUUGAUGUGCCCUUGCUGACUGAUUACUGCAAGAUGCCUCUAAGGCUGCUGACCAACCACUAUGAGCAGAACUGGAAGUACUACUGCCUCCCGUCGGGCUGGGGCAGCUAUGGCACAGCAUCUGAGGACGAACUACUGCUCACCAAGAAGAUCUUCUGGGGAGUAUUUGAUUCUCUGUCCCAGAGGAAAUAUGACCAAGAACUAUUCAAGAUGGCCAUGACUUGUCUCAGUGCCAUAGCUGGAGCUUUGCCACCGGACUACGUGGACGCCUCCAUUAGUACCACUGUGGAGAAGCCUGUUUCUGUAGAUGCUCAGGGCAACUUUGACCCCAAGCCAAUCAAUACUGCUAACAUUGCUCUUCCAGAGAAGCUUGAGCACUUUGCCAACAAAUACGCAGAGCAUUCCCAUGAGAAAUGGUCAGCAGAAAAGGUGCUGCUGGGAUGGAAAUAUGGAGACUGUGUGGAUGAGAAGGCCAAGAUUCACCCUCAGCUCAGGACCUACAAAGCCCUGACAGAGAAGGAGAAAGAGAUUUACAGAUGGCCAAUUAGGGAAUCCCUGAAGAGUAUGCUGGCAAUGGGCUGGAGCAUUGACAGGACCAAGGAUGGAGAAAGCAUGUCUCAACAGAGGGAGAGUGAGAAAAUGCGAAAAAUCUCUCAGGCUUCACAGGGAAAUGGCUUCAAUCCGAGCCCGAUAGAUACAAGCAACGUGGUCCUGUCCAGAGAAUUGCAGGGGAUGGUGGAGGUGCUGGCUGAAAAUUACCAUAACAUUUGGGCCAAGAAGAAAAAGGGCGACCUUGGAAGCAGAGGUGGGGGAACUCACCCUCUGUUGGUGCCCUACGACACGCUGACAGCCAAGGAGAAGGCCCGUGAUCGAGAGAAGGCCCAGGACCUUUUCCGUUUCCUGCAGAUAAACGGCUAUAGCAUCACAAGAGGUUUGAAGGACUUAGAGCAGGAUUCCUCUUCAAUGGAGAAGAGGUUUGCUUACAAGUUCCUCAAGAAGCUGCUCAAGUAUGUUGACUCAGCUCAGGAGUUCAUCGCUCACCUGGAGGCCAUGGCUGCCAGUGGAAAAACAGACAGGUCUCCUCAUGAGCAAGAAAUAAAGUUUUUUGCCAAAGUUCUCCUUCCUCUUAUCGACCAGUACUUCAAGAAUCACUCUCUCUACUUCCUCUCCUCCCCUAAUAAGAACCUUAGCAGCAGCGGUUACGCCUCCAACAAAGAGAAGGAGAUGGUCACCAGCCUGUUUUGUAAACUGGCAGCUCUUGUCAGACAUAGGAUUUCUCUCUUUGGGAUUGACUCCACUACCAUUGUCAGCUGUCUGCAUAUCCUGGCACACACCCUGGACACCAGGACGGUGAUGAAGUCGGGCUCAGAGCUGGUUAGGGUGGGGCUAAGGACGUUCUUUGAGAACGCCGCAGAGGACCUGGAGAAGACGUUCGAGAACCUGAAGCUGGGGAAAUUCACUCACUCUCGCUCCCAGAUGAAAGGGGUGUCGCAGAAUAUAAACUACACCACUGUAGCUCUGCUCCCCAUUUUAACCGCUCUGUUUGAACACAUCACUCAACACCACUUUGGAAUCGACCUGCUUUGCCUUUCCCACCGACUUCCUUCCUCCCUACGUUCCCCUAGACAGCUUACCAGCUCUCGGGUCAGUGUUCUGGGGCCACACUGGGGCUGGGAGCAUGGCCUGCUUAGCCUUCCUGGAGCCACUUUGGCUCAAACACCGUACAAACCCCUGCUCCGGGUCUUUAAUACCAACGAGUGCCACGGAGAACGAGCCAUCCUAGGCAUACCAGACUCAGUCGAGGAGAUGUGUCCCGGGAUGCCACGGCUGGACGGUCUGAUGAAGGACAUCAAUGACAUGGCUGAGUCUGGAGCACGGUACACAGAGAUGCCUCAUGUUAUCGAGGUGGUGCUGCCCAUGCUAUGUAACUAUCUGUCCUACUGGUGGGAAAAGGGGCCUGAGAACCAGAUAGCCAGCGGGGGCAGUGUCUGCUGCACCACCGUCACCUCAGAGCACCUCAGCCUCAUUCUAGGCAACAUCCUCAAGAUCCUAAACAACAACCUGGGCAUCGAUGAGGCCUCCUGGAUGAAGAGAAUUGCAGUGUAUGUUCAACCCAUCAUCAGCAAGGCCCGUGCAGACCUGCUAAAGAGCCACUUCCUGCCUACGCUGGAGAAGCUGAAGAAGAAGACAGUGAAGGUGGUGUCUGAGGAAGAGCUGUUGAAGGCAGACAGUAAGGGAGACACCCAGGAGGCCGAGUUGCUGAUCCUGGACGAGUUUGCUGUACUCUGCAGGGACCUGUACGCCUUUUACCCCAUGCUUAUCCGCUAUGUGGACAACAACAGGUCCAGGUGGCUGAAAGAACCAGAUGCUGACUCCAACGAGCUCUUCAGAAUGGUCGCUGAGAUAUUUAUCCUCUGGUGCAAGUCACAUAAUUUCAAAAGAGAAGAGCAGAACUUUGUGGUCCAGAAUGAAAUCAACAACCUUUCUUUCUUGACUGGAGAUAAUAAAACCAAGAUGUCUAAGUCCUUUAAGGAAAAGUCUGGAGGACAGGAUCAGGAGAGGAGACACAAAAAAAGGCGCGGUGAGUUCUACUCUAUCCAGACCUCGCUGAUUGUGGCCGCUUUAAAGAAGAUGCUGCCAAUCGGCCUCAACAUGUGUACUCCGGGAGACCAAGAGCUCAUCUCUCUGGCCAAGACUCGCUACCUCAUGAGAGACACAGACGAAGAGGUCAAAGACCAUAUUCGGCAGAAUCUGCAUCUUCGAGUGAAGUCAGAGGACCCUGCGGUGAGGUGGCAGUUAAACCUGUACAAGGACAUAGCGAUGAGAACUGAGGGGCCUCCAGACCCUGAGAGGGUGGUGGACCGCAUCCAGAGGAUCUCUGCUGCUGUCUUCAACCUGGAGCAGGUGGAGCAGCCAUUGAGAUCCAAGAAAUGUGUAUGGCAGAAGUUGCUUUCCAAACAGAGGAAGCGAGCGGUUGUCGCCUGCUUCCGCAUGGCUCCACUUUAUAAUCUGCCAAGGCAUCGCUCUAUUAACCUCUUCCUCCUGGCCUAUCAGAGAAUAUGGAUAGAAACAGAGGAAUACUCUUUUGAGGAGAAGCUAGUGCAGGAUCUUGCAAAAACGCAGCCCAAAGUGGAGGAAGAGGAAGAGGAGGAGGAGAGAAAGCAGCCGGACCCUCUUCACCAGCUCAUUCUGCAUUUCAGCCACAAUGCUCUGACUGAGUGCAGUUCUUUGGAAGAGGAUCCUUUGUAUAUUGCAUAUGCAGAUAUGAUGGCAAAGAGUUGUGCUGAAGGGGAAGAAGAAGAAGAGGAGGAGGGAAAAGAGAAGACAUUUGAGGAAAAGGAAAUGGAGAAGCAAAAAAUGCUGUAUCAGCAAGCCAGACUACACGAUCGAGGAGCUGCAGAGAUGGUGCUUCAGAUGAUCAGUGCCAGCAAAGGUCGACUUGGUGCUAUGGUGACUUUCACCCUGCAACUAGGCAUCUCUAUCCUCAACGGGGGGAACAUACUGGUCCAACAGAAAAUGUUGGACUACCUGAAGGAAAAAAGAGAUGUUGGCUUUUUCAAAAGUUUGUCUGGACUAAUGAUGUCUUGCAGUGUCCUGGACUUGAAUGCUUUUGAAAGGCAAAAUAAAGCAGAAGGUCUGGGGAUGGUUACUGAAGAGGGAUCAAUCAACGUGAGUGAGCGGGGUUCCAAGGUACUGCAGAAUGAUGAGUUCACUAAGGAUCUCUUUAGGUUCCUGCAGCUUCUCUGUGAGGGCCACAACAAUGAUUUUCAGAAUUUCCUGAGGACUCAGACAGGGAACACAACUACAGUCAACAUCAUCAUUAGCACUGUAGACUACCUACUAAGACUCCAGGAAUCCAUCAGUGAUUUCUACUGGUACUACUCUGGUAAGGACGUUAUAGAUGAAGCAGGUCAGAGGAACUUCUCCAGAGCACUGUCAGUGGCCAAGCAGGUCUUCAACUCUUUAACUGAGUAUAUCCAGGGUCCAUGUAUUGGGAACCAGCAGAGCCUGGCUCACAGCAGGCUGUGGGACGCAGUGGUGGGCUUCUUGCAUGUUUUUGCCAACAUGCAGAUGAAGUUAUCCCAGGACUCCAGUCAGAUUGAAUUAUUGAAGGAGCUGCUGGACCUACAGAAGGACAUGAUCGUCAUGAUGCUCUCUCUUCUCGAAGGUAAUGUUGUCAAUGGUACUAUUGGAAAACAAAUGGUGGACACCUUGGUAGAAUCUUCUAGCAAUGUGGAGAUGAUCCUAAAAUUCUUCGACAUGUUCCUCAAGUUGAAGGACCUGACUACCUCAGACAGCUUCAAGGAAUAUGACCCCGAGAGCAAAGGGGUUAUAUCAAAGAAAGAUUUCCAAAAGUCCAUGGAGAACCAGAAACAAUAUUCCCAGUCUGAGAUUGAGUUUCUUCUCUCCUGUGCUGAGGCGGAUGAGAAUGACAUGUUCAAUUACGAGCAGUUUGUGGAGAGAUUUCAUGAACCUGCCAAGGACAUUGGCUUUAAUGUGGCUGUGUUGCUUACCAAUCUCUCUGAGCAUAUGCCUCACGAUGCCCGCCUCUCAACAUUCCUCGACCUGGCUGAGAGCGUCCUCAGCUAUUUUGAGCCCUAUUUGGGUCGUAUUGAGAUCAUGGGUGGUGCUAAGCGCAUUGAGAGAGUCUACUUUGAGAUCAGUGAGUCAAGUCGCACUCAGUGGGAAAAGCCUCAGGUGAAAGAGUCAAAGCGGCAAUUCAUCUUCGAUGUCGUCAACGAAGGCGGGGAGAGUGAGAAGAUGGAACUAUUUGUCAACUUCUGUGAGGACACCAUCUUUGAGAUGCAACUGGCCUCUCAAAUCUCAGAGCCAGACCCAGUGGAGCGUCCAGAGGAAGAUGAGGACGACAAGCAGAGUGUGGUGGAAAACCAGGAAGAGGAAGAGGAGGAGAGCGUGAUGAUGGAAUCUUCCUCGGCUUUUACAAUCGCCUGCAUCUCCAUGAGAAAAAGUCUCUGCCACUUCCGCCAGCUGCUCACUCUCAAGAGCAUGAGGCGGCAGUACAGAAAAUUCAGGAAGAUGAGUGUUAGAGAAAUGGUGCAGGGUUUCUUCUCUUUCUUCUGGAUGAUCAUUACAGGCCUCUUCCACUUUGUCUACAGCCUAGUUUGGGGUUUCUUUCAUAUCUUGUGGACCACUAUGUUCGGGGGCGGCCUCGUUGAAGGGGCCAAGAACAUGAAGGUGACAGACAUUUUGGGAAACAUGCCAGACCCCACCCAGUUCGGGAUCCACGGAGACGUGUUAGAGAUGGAGAAGAUGGAGGCGAACGAGGCGUCAGCGUUGGCGGAGAUGGGUCAGAUGGCUCAGGGAGAAGCGGCGGAGGCAGAUCUGAUGGCUGAGUUGCUGAACAUACAGCCCAAGAAGGAGGGAAAGCAUGGGGCUGAGCCCGGUUUGGGGGAUGUGUCUGAGGUGGUGGUGGGGGAUGCUCCGUCCAUUGCCAGUGCCGUCAAGCAGAAGAAGGCACAGUUGGCUGCCAAGAAACGGGCUUCAAAUGGAGAGUACAAGUCUGAUUCAGAGAAAGGAGAUUCAGAAGAUGGUGAGAAGAAGGACCACGAUAAGGCCAAAGACGAAUCCCCUCCAGAGUCUUCAGUGGAAGAGAAGAAAGCCCCAAAGAAGAGGCUCGGCCCGAAGAAAGAACCACCAGAGGCCUUCAUGGCCAGCUUCUUUGCUGGCUUGGAAGUCUACCAGACCAAGAUGCUGAAUUACCUGGCCAGAAACUUCUACAACCUCCGCUUCCUGGCGCUUUUCGUCGCCUUUGCUAUCAACUUCAUUCUUCUCUUCUAUAAAGUGACCGGUGAUUACUCAGAUGAUGAAGACCCCUGGAACGGUCGGGGUAGAGUUGGGGAGGAGGAAGACGAUGGUGCGCUUGAGUACUUUGUGCUGCAGGAGAGCACAGGUUACAUGGCUCCAACGCUUCGCUGUCUGGCUAUACUGCACACCAUCAUAUCUUUUCUGUGUGUAGUGGGAUACUACUACCUGAAGGUGCCCCUGGUAGUAUUCAAACGUGAGAAGGAGAUAGCGAGGAAGUUAGAGUUUGCUGGCCUUUACAUCACAGAGCAGCCUUCAGAUGAUGACAUCAAAGGACAGUGGGACCGACUGGUCAUCAAUACUCCCUCCUUUCCUAACAACUACUGGGAUAAAUUUGUCAAACGCAAAGUGAUCAAAAAAUAUGGAGACCUGUAUGGAGCAGAGAGGAUAGCAGAACUGCUGGGGCUGGAUAAGAGUGCCCUGGAUUUCAACCCUACUGAGGAAACUGUCGUCAAGGAGGCUUCACUCGUGUCAUGGUUGAGCUCAAUCGAUACAAAAUACCAUGUCUGGAAAAUGGGAGUGGUGUUUACAGACAAUUCAUUCCUGUAUCUGGUGUGGUACACUACCAUGUCCAUCCUGGGCCACUACAACAACUUCUUCUUUGCUGCUCAUCUGCUCGAUAUCGCAAUGGGGUUCAAAACCCUACGCACCAUCCUCUCCUCUGUCACACACAACGGCAAACAGCUGGUGUUGACGGUGGGCCUGCUGGCGGUUGUGGUCUAUCUCUACACUGUGGUGGCCUUCAACUUCUUCAGGAAGUUCUACAACAAGAGUGAAGAUGAGGAUGAGCCCGAUAUGAAGUGUGAUGAUAUGAUGACUUGUUACCUAUUCCACAUGUACGUUGGGGUGAGAGCGGGAGGGGGCAUUGGGGACGAGAUCGAGGACCCAGCUGGUGACCCCUAUGAGCUCUACCGUAUCCUGUUUGACAUCACCUUCUUCUUCUUCGUCAUCGUCAUCCUCCUGGCCAUCAUCCAGGGUUUGAUCAUUGAUGCUUUUGGAGAGCUGAGAGACCAGCAGGAACAAGUCAAAGAGGACAUGGAGACCAAAUGUUUCAUUUGCGGGAUCGGUAAUGACUACUUUGACACAACACCUCACGGCUUCGAGACUCACACCUUACAAGAGCACAAUUUGGCCAACUACCUGUUUUUCCUGAUGUACCUUAUCAACAAGGAUGAGACGGAGCACACUGGCCAGGAGUCAUAUGUGUGGAAGAUGUACCAGGAGCGCUGCUGGGAUUUCUUCCCAGCUGGAGAUUGCUUCCGCAAACAGUACGAAGAUCAGCUUGGAUAGAGCAGAUGCAUCCUCUUUACCUCUAUCCAUGUUAAGUGGGCUACUGGAACAUGUAGUCCUACAUAUAGCUGCUGGACUACAACACCACACAGUAACCCCCACCAAUGCUUUGGACUGGCCUGAGGAGACAAAACUACUUUUUUAUCUUAAAAAGAGAAACGUCUCCUACCCAUGACACCUUCACCGUCGGUACAGUGCCAGUCGGUAAGGAAAUGACGUGUAACUUGCCCAGACAUUUCGUUUUUUAAGUUUUGGGACUCGUUUUUGACAGCGUGUUGCCUUUUACUCCACAUAACCCCAAAUCAUUGCACAAUUUCUUUUUUGGUCUUUUUGAGAAACACUGGGUUGUGUGGGGUUAUGGGACAAUGUGUCAGUCAUAUUAUGCACAAGAACCCAACUUCAAUAUUUUGAGAAUGUUGAAUUUGAGACUUAAUGCCAAAAGAAACGUGGUGGAAUACAGUAGAUUUACAUAGUGUGCAGAAAUGUGAUAUGAGAAAAGUUUUUAUUUAAGAUGUUGUAACCUUGCAUAUUGAGAUGAUGUUUUAGAAUGAAGUGGCAAAAGGUUUAUUAUGUAGGAUAAAAAAUGCCUAAAUUUUUUCAUGAAGUGCCUUACAGUACUGUAUCUACAUUACAAUGAAGCUAUGCAAAACUUUUGUUUUUUCUUUAUUGUAUGUAAGUACAGUAAUUUUCCUGGAGCAGUAACGAGUAGCUGUCCAGAUACGUAGAUUGUGGCUGAACUUUUUCAUUUGAACACGGAAGAACAGCAUCGAUUGAUCUGACUGAUUUUUUUGCUGAAUGCAGCAUAACUGCAAAUGUUCAAGGUACAAAGUGUAAAAGUGACACGUCAGAAUUUACUGAACACUUUCAAACAAGAACAAAAAUUAAAUUGCUAUUGUAUGGCCAUUUGUAUGUAGUAGCUUUGCUGAUCUGUGCAUUUCUUUUGAUGGGAAAAAAUAAA